AAUGGCUCCGGUUCUCCGUGAUGUGCAAUUCAGUAUGCUCAGUUUAAAAGAUCUUGGGGAUGCUAUUGCUCAAAAGCUGCAGGGCUGUCUUUCAGAAGAUAGUGAAUUAUAUGGGAGGAAAAACAAUCAUGUAUAUUCCUGCAAAAUUGAGAAAGUUGUGAAGGAUGGUGAGGAAACCCGUUAUGAGGUUGCUUGGCUAGACAAAUAUGAAAGACUGCCUGAGAAUACAGUCAUCAAUGAAGAAGAUCUGAUUAGGUGCAAAUUGCGAUUUAGUAGAGCUUUUCUAAGGUCCUUUAUCAGAGAGUCUACAUAUCGAAGCAUUCCUUGGGUCUUACAUGAAAAAUUGGCAAAGAAGCAUGGAGUACCAACUGGUCCUCCGGAUGAGCUUAAGGAUCAAAUAUGUAUGCAGGAUGGUGUUAUUGUUAUUAAUAGGAAGAAAAAGAAAAGUGAAGAUAGAGAGGCAAAAGAGAAUGGCUUCCAAGAUUCAAAUGAGAUAGGAAAAGAAGACAACCUGAACGCAGAGUCCAUUAGAUAUCCAAUCGAUGAUCUUUUGGUGCAGUGUGCAGAGUCCGAUAAACACUUGGUUGAACGCCCUUCUCAGUGUAGGGAAUUUAACGUCUCAAUGGAAUGCAUAGGGGAUCUUUUGAUGGUAUGGGACUUUUGUACUUCGUUUGGCAGGUUGUUCCACCUGUCGCCAUUCUCCCUUGAAGAUUUUGAAAGUGCUGUCUGUCACAAAGGCAGCAACAUUGUUCUCAUAUCUGAAUGUCAUUCAGCCCUUCUUCGCUUUCUUUUGAAAGAUAACGGCGAGUAUUUCAUGGCUGUACAGAAGAAAAGACAGAAGCUGAAGAUUACUUUAAUCAAUUGGAUGGAGUAUUUGUCUGAUUUCUUGGAAUUGAUUGGUAUUAUAGAAUUGUCUAAUCAUGUUGCAACGAUUAAGAGGGGUCACUAUGGCCUUGUAGACAUUCAGGCCAAAUUGGCAAUCUUGCGUGAACUGGUCUGUCGAGUCAUUGAGACAGAGUAUUUUAAGGAGAAAUUGGAUGAGGAUAUUGAAAAGAAGCAGGCACUUGCAGCAACAAGGAGAGAUGAAAUUUUGGAAGAAUCUAGGAAGAAGAGAGAAGAAGACCAUUUGAAAAUACAGUCUAAUGGGAAGGAAGCAACAAAAGGGUGUGGCAACUCCUCAGAUACUGGGAGCGAUAACCACCUCAGAGAGAAUGGAGAUGUGUCAAGUAGGAACGGCAAACGAACAUCAUCUCAAUCAAAACAUUCAUUAGAAGACAGUGAGAGUGAGCUACUAGCAGAUUCAUUUAAAAAAGCUAAGAUGAGAAAGGUUGAAGUCAAAAAUGCUACAGAAAAGAUGAAUGGUUCCUCGAAGAUUGCUUCUGACAAAUUGAUAAAGGAUGAAGGGAAGGAAACAUUAGACAACAGGAGUAAGGAUCAAAGAGCUCUUCACAAAAUGCGGAAGAAUGAGAUAAAGGAGCAUCUUGAAAACAGGAGUAAAGAGCAAAGGAAAGAAUAUCUUGAACGGGAAAUAGAGAAGAGAGUAAUACGCACCAAUCCAUUGGGUAAGGACAGAGAUUAUAAUAGGUAUUGGUUUUUCCGCCGGGAUGGAAGAAUAUUCGUUGAGAGUUCAGAUUCUGUCCAGUGGGGUUAUUACUCUUCCAAGGAAGAGCUUGAUGCUCUGAUUGGAUCACUGAAUGUGAAGGGUGUAAGAGAGAGGGCUCUUAAAAUGCAACUGGAAAAACUCUAUGACAAAAUAAGCGUGGAACUUCAAAAGAGAUCUAAGGAGGUGCCUCAUAAGGAAGCAACAGAUGAAGAUGUGGUUCGGAGAUCAAUGCGUGUCCGUGCUCCUCCAAGGGAUAAUCCUGCUCUUGCCUUUUUGAAGUAUGUUAACAAAUGGAAGGAAGACUGACUUGGAAGUUAGGCUAUGGUGAUAUACUCUGCUGUUCGGAUUUUGUUUGAAAUCACAGCCAACCAUAAAUACGAGAUGAAUAUAGGGUAAUGAAAUUCAUCCUGCAUUUAUUAAAAUGGCAGUUCAUUUUUUUUUCCUUCGCAUUUGAACGCUGGGCAUGAUAGGAAUGAAAUUUUGUUCUUCAUUCCUGUGAUUAUGGUACAGAUGUAAGGUUACUGUUCCAAUUUUGUAUACAAUGCCCAUCGGCUGGUAGAUGUUUUAUUAAUAUAGUUGCUAGCAUCAGUACUUUCCUCUAAUAAUUUUGUCUAUCUACAUUUGAUCAUAUUGUGAUAAGAAUGAAAUACAUAUCAUUUUAUACAA